UUGAUCGACAAAGGCAGCAAGUCGAAAAGCCAUCGUCACCGCUUGCGCCAUCUUUACAAUGUGUUUUGCUGGCGUGUUCAUCAAAUGAGUCUAUGGAUGUUACCAAAAUGUUUGCCAAUUUUUUGCUGGAAAACCCCAGCCUACUUGUGGAAAAAAAAAGACUAGCCUCCCAUCAUGGCUAUAUAACAUCGAUCAGCACCUUGAUCCUUCUAGUCGCAGUCUCAGACACAGGCCACUCUAUUUCUUACACCAUUCCUGCGGUGCCGGCCCGCCCGAAUUCUUGGGCAGGUAGCUUAGCACGUCCAUGGCGCCCACGGAGGAAUCCGCCGCUGCUAUGCCAGCGCCACCACCGCCACCACACUUUGUGAUCGUCCCCCUCGUGGCGCAGGGCCACACCAUCCCCAUGGUCGACCUCGCCCGCCUCCUCGCGGAGCGCGGCGCGCGCGCAAGCUUGGUGACCACACCGCUGAACGGCGCACGGCUGCGUGGCGCCGUCGAGCAGGCCGCGCGCACCAAGCUGUCCCUCGAGAUCGUCGAGCUCCCGCUGCCGACGGACACCGACGACGGCCUGCCCCCGGGCAUCGAGAACAUGGACAUGGUCACGGACAACGGCCACUUCCUCCUCUUGUUCAACGCCGUGCAGAGGCUCGCCGGCCCGCUGGAAGCCUACCUGCGAGCACUGGCGCAGCGCCCGAGCUGCAUCAUCUCCGACUGGUGCAACGCUUGGACGGCCGGCGUGGCCAGAAGCCUCGGCGUCCCUCGCCUCUUCUUCCACGGGCCGUCGUGCUUCUACUCGCUCUGCGACCUCAACGGCAUCGACCACGGGCUGCACGAGCUGCUGACCGCGGCGGCCGACGACGACCAGGAGAGGUUCGUGGUGCCAGGCAUGCCGGUGCACGUGGAGGUGACCAAGGCCACGGCGCCCGGCUUCUUUAACUCGCCGGGAUGGGAGACGCUCCGGACGGAGUGCGUGGAGGCCAUGCGCACCGCCGACGGCGCGGUGGUGAACUCGUUCGUGGACCUCGAGGGCCAGUUCGUGUCGUGCUACGAGGCGGCGCUCGGCAAACCCGUGUGGACGCUUGGCCCGCUCUGCCUCUCCAACCGGGACGUCGAGGCCAUGGCGUCGCGCGGGGACACGUCGUCGCCGGGCGGCGUCCAGCUGCAGAGCGUGGUGACCGCCUGGCUCGACGCCAGGGACACGGACUCCGUCGUGUUCGUCAGCUUCGGCAGCCUGGCGCAGAAGCUCCCGAAGCAGCUGUUCGAGGUCGGCCAUGGCCUCGAGGACUCCGGCAGGCCGUUCCUGUGGGUGGUGAAGGAGGCCGAGGCGUCGGCGGCGCCGGAGGUGGAGGAGUGGCUGGCGGCGCUAGAGGCGCGCACGGCGGGGCGCGGCCUCGUGGUGCGUGGGUGGGCGCCGCAGCUCGCCAUCCUGUCCCACCGCGCCGUGGGUGGGUUCGUCACCCACUGCGGCUGGAACUCGCUGCUGGAGUCCGUGGCGCACGGCGUGCCGGUCGUGACGUGGCCGCACUUCGGCGACCAGUUCUUGAACGAGCGGCUGGCGGUGGACGUGCUCGGCGUCGGCGUGCCCGUCGGCGUCACGGCUCCCGUGAUGGUGUUCGACGACGAGAACGUGGCGGUGGCGCGUGGGGACAUCGUGCGGGCGGUGUCGGCGCUGAUGGGCGACGGGGAAGAGGCGGACGAGAGGAGGAGGAAGGCCAAGGAGUACGGAGAAAAAGCUCAUGUGGCCAUGGAGAAAGGAGGGUCCUCGUAUGAGAACCUGACGCAGCUGAUUGAGAGCUUCAGGCAAAGUGGAGGCAAAAAAAGGUUAGGUUAGAACAGUGCACGCAUAUGAACUACCAUUGCAAUGGCAGUAGGAAUGCAGGACGAAUAGCAGAAGCUUUGCAAAUUGCAAUUUUCAUCAGCAGUAUGGCUACGUUUUUCAUUUUUUGCUGAAACCGGUAUAUAUAUGUGUAGUAAAUAUGAAACCAAGCCAGUGAUUGUGUUCCAUGCAUGCUUUUCUUUUUCCACUCAAAUCUUUUCCUGCUUCAACAGUAGAUUUGUAAUUACCAUGUAGUGUGCAACAUGUACAGUGAACAGCGCUCAUCAUCUUCUUGCAAUGUCAAGUGUGUUCAGACUUGAGAGCAUUAUUCCA